UUGUUUGUUUUUCUUUUACAGGGAUUUGCAGAUUCUACAAUGAAUUCGAGAAAAGGGGGUGUGAAGCCAUUUGUUGCUGGUGCUGACUCAUCUGCUGAUCAGUUGAGCCAAGGUAUGGCAGACAUCAGCGUGGAUUCUGCACAAGAUGGUGAAUGGGAGGUUUAUACCAAGAAGAACAAAGGUAGAGCAGGAAGCAGUGGGGCUUCCAAAUCAUGGGGUUCUCAGACCUCUAAUCCUAAAGCAUGGGGAAAUGCAGACGGAGUUCAGAAGCUGGGUAUGAGGAGUACUAGUGGAUCAGGAAGGGGUUCUGGCAGUAGCUUGCCAAUAGUGAAUGCUGAUUCCAAAAGACUGCCUGGAAGAGGAAGUUCAAGACCCCAAUCAUCUAACCGAGGUAUUGAGAGCAACUACGCUAAUCCAGUACCUGUAAUUUCUCCUGCAUUGCAGCAUGGUUGGAAUUGGAAGUCUGCUGGAGCUGCUUCUACUCUGCCUUCAGAACGUGACCUGGGAAAAAAUGAGAUCAUUCCGGAUGCCUUCCCUUUUGAUGUUAACGAGAACAAGGUCAAGGGGAUUGUGGAUGAUGAUGAUGGUGAUGAUUCAGAUGCUGUUGAUGAUUCGGAUGAUGAACUCCUAAGUGAUGAUUGGGAUUCAGAUGAGAGCCAAAAAAGCCAUGAUACACGUAAGAAAAACAAGUGGUUCAAUGCUUUUUUUGAUAUCUUGGAUAAAUUGACUGUUGAGCAGAUCAAUGAACCGGCAAGACAGUGGCACUGUCCAGCUUGUCAAAAUGGGCCUGGUUCCAUUGAUUGGUAUCGAGGCCUGCAGCCCCUUAUUACACAUGCCAAGACAAAAGGAUCAAGCAGGGUGAAGCUCCACCGAGAACUUGCAGAACUUUUAGAUGAAGAGCUGCACAGGAGGGGAACAUCAGCCAUACCAGCUGGUGAAGCCUUUGGGAAGUGGAAAGGGCUGGAUGUAACUGUCAAGGAUCAUGAGAUAGUUUGGCCUCCCAUUGUUGUCAUUAUGAAUACUAGGCUUGAGAAGGAUGAUAAUGAAAAGUGGCUUGGCAUGGGAAAUCAAGAGCUUCUUGAUUACUUUAGCUCAUAUCACGCAGUGAAGGCUAGGCACUCCUAUGGUCCACAGGGGCACCGCGGGAUGAGUGUCUUGAUUUUUGAGAGCUCAGCAAUGGGUUAUUUAGAGGCUGAGCGUCUGGAUAAGCAUUUCAAGGAUCAAGGGACAGAUCGGGAGGCUUGGGAUCGUCAUCGUGUUCCUUUCUAUCCUGGGGGGCAGCGCCAAUUAUAUGGCUACAUGGCAGAGAAAGCAGACAUGGAUGUCUUCAACCAGCAUUCUCCAGGCAAAUCCAAACUCAAAUUUGAGAUGAGAUCAUACCAGGAGAUGGUCGUGAGCCAGAUGAAGCAAAUGAGUGAAGACAACCAGCAGCUUGUCUGGUUCAAGAACAAAGUUGCCAAGGAACAGAGGCACUCAAAAGCCCUCGAGGAGUCUUUUGGUAUAUUAUCUGAGAAGCUGCGGAAAACCUCGGAGGAAAACCGCAUUGUGAGGCAAAGAACAAAAAAACAUCACGAAGAAAACAAGGAAGAGAUGGACUAUCUGGAGCAGUUCUUUAAGGAACAACUUAGAGUCAUUCAGGACGCUCGGGUUGCAAAGGAGGACAGUUUUGAGAGGAUGCAACAACAGGAGCGGGAGAAAGUGAAACAGACAAACACCUCUAAUACAUCUGAUCACAGGCAGAGGGUGGAGGAAAUUGCAAAAUUCAUAGAAUUUCAGGACAAGGAGAUGGAUGAAUUUGUUGCAGAGAGAGAGAAACUGCUAAAAGAUCAUGAGCUAAAGAAGAUUUCAAUGAAGAAAAAGCAUGGGGAGGAAGAGCUUGGACUGGAAAGGGAGUUUGAUGCUGAACUUAACCGGCUGAUGGAGAAGUACAGCCCAAAGCACAUGGAGGCAAAAACAGUGGCAGUGGCGGCUACUGAUGAUGGUAAGUAAGAUCUGAGAGAUAGAGCUAGUACUAGUAGUCUAGUACUAUAAACAAGAGAAACACAGCGAGAAACUUGAGAUAUUUUGAACGGUUUUUAUCAUUCCCUUAACAAUGGCAUUCUAAAGAAGUUAGUAAGAUAGAAAACAACAGAUGAUGAGACACAGUCAUUUCAGAGAUUGUGAUGGGUUUGUUACUUGUAUGUAACGGAAUGGUGCCUUGCUUUUUAGGUUAAAUGUGGGUGGUUGGUUGGUUUUUACCAA